AUGCAUUAUGUUGUGUUAGAGGUGGAGUUGGCACUCAGGGAAGAUAGCCCUAAAGACUGGGCCCAAAUCUCACGGUUUGACUAUCAGUUUGUGGACGCCAAGACGCUCAAACCUGUUUUUGAAGAGAAUCGACAGGUGAAGCUUGGUGCAGGGUGUUCUUUGCAAGAUGCGGUAAGCCAAUUGGACCACGAUAUCGUGGAACAUAUCACGGAUGACUUUGUGCUCUGUUCUCUAUACUCUACGUGGCACUUUCGGGUCACGAUCCCACGCCAGGCUCGCGACGAAGUUUUCAUCCUGCCGCCACAUCUGCAGCACCCUAAGGUAUUUGACCUUUGGAAAGAGUACCAAAGAUGGUGUGUGAAUCACCCAGAGACUUUGGCACUCCGCAAGACCACUGCGGCGACAAAAAAGAACAAAGAUCUGGAAGAAUUGAAAAGUGUGUUGGAGUUGAACACUACGGAGGAUGACAAUUCUGCAGAUGGCCAAACAGAAGUCGCACAAAAGCCAUUCAAUCUUGUUGAUGAAACGGUAGCUGUGAUUAUCCGAUUGCACAAGAAGUGUGACACACCGGAAGAUAAAGUAUCGGUUCUGACCCAUCCUUACGACUCGUACUUGGAUGUGCGAAACUUUCUUCAGGAGAGAUCCAAAGUACUUUAUAUGAACAAUCUACCCCCGGACACCACACAAAGUGAACUUGAGUCUUGGUUUACACAAUUUGGCGCUCGUCCUGUCGGAUUUUGGACAGUGAGGAAUAUUGUCGAGGAAACUUCUAAUGUCAACAACAACUGGUCCAGUAACAAUAGCACUUACGUUGAGGCUGAAGACAGUAUUUCGGGGUUUGUCGUCUUUCAAUCCCACGAAGAGGCUACGGAGGCGCUUUCCUUAAAUGGAAGAUCGAUACUCUCCAAUAUCGCGAAUACGAAACAACCUAGAGUUAUUGAACAUACCGUUGAGAUUCAGCCUUCGAGUUCUAGGGUUCUGGACAGAGCUCAAGAAAUUUUAUCGCCCUUUCCACAGAGUAAAAAUAAGCCUAGGCCUGGCGAUUGGAACUGUCCGUCAUGCGGAUUUUCUAAUUUCCAAAGACGUACGUCUUGCUUUCGAUGUUCGUUUCCUGCUACAAGUGCUGCUGCGAUUAAUAAGACUAGUUACAUGAAAAAUGGCUUACAAUCGCACCCCGCUCAGGGUCUGAAUGAUCAACAAACGACAUACAAAAUUGGAAAUGGACCCUCUUCGAUGUCAACUGUUUCGGGUCCUGUGAAUGGAAAUUUGAUGCAACAGAACGCUCAAUCGCAUCAACAGCAUCUCCAGCAGCAACACCCACAUCAACAACACCAUCAUCAGCAACAGCAACAGAGGGCACGCUAUACGCCUGGCCAGCGGUUUGGUCAAAACCAGCAACAAGGGGGUUCUAAUGUGCCCUUCAGGGCAGGCGACUGGAAGUGUGCGGUUUGUACGUACCACAACUUCGCUAAGAACGUUGUAUGUUUACGUUGUGGUGGUCCUAAGACCACCGAACACCAACAAAAGGAUUUAGGUAGUGUCAACUCUUACACUAAUAUUCAAGAGAUUGGCAAUGGGAUGGGCGUCUCCUUAAACACGAGGAGUUUUUCGGAGCCUGCAUGGUAA